AACAAGAAAAUCUGUGAACCUUGUCUUUGGUCAUUCCAACGUAACAGAGAAACAGAUCGCCCGUACGAUCAUCUCCUCCCACAAUGAAAAACUUAAUAUUUGUAAACUCCAUUAACAAUUAUUCUAAACCUUUAUUUAAUUCAUCUUCGAAGUUUCUCUUCCGUUUUCCAUCCCAUUCCCGGGAAAGUAGAAAAUUCCAAACAAAAUGGCUUCAAUAUCGCAAAACCCUGUAUUUUUCUGCCAUCAAAGCUUCGUCGUUACCUGAAUUACCAAGUUAUGGCGGGUGGGAUGAUUUGGGACUGGUUGGUGACUCGGUCGGUUCGGGUGAGUCAACUCCGUUGCAUAAUUUUUUGCUUUCCAUCGGAGUCAAUGAUAAAAAACACAUUUUUAUGUUUCUUUUGGGACUUGUGUGUGCGUUAGCUAUUUCUAGGGUUAGGGUUUCUUCUAUACUCGUGUUUCCAGCUUCGGUUUUGGUUUUUGCUAUUGGGUUUUCAAUGGGGUUUGUUCGUGGUGGGAGUUUAAGUGAAGGAAGUGCUAGUAAGAGGAGGUCAAAAGAGGAAAUUUUCAGGGUUUCUAGUGAGAAAUUCAAGAGUUUAAUGGAUUUUUUUGAUGGGUUAGAUGGUAAUAUUAGUAACUUGAAGAAGGAUAUACAGAGAGCUAUUGAUUGUAAUAAGAUCACAAUUAGAGAUUUGGAAAAUUAUUUCAAUGUCAUGGAAUCUAUGAAUUUAUUAGCUUCCAAUGCUAGAAAUGUCGUUGAGGUUUAUAUGGUAAAUCCAGGGAAUUCUAGUGAUGUGUUAGUUGAGAAUCAGAAAUCAAGUAAAAAGAGGAAAGAGGCCGGUAAAGUUGGGUUUGACUGGUUGCAGUUUAUAGGGGGUUUAUCUGGAGAAAAAUUGGUUAAUUCAAAGCCUAACAAAGUAAAAGAUAAUGUAAAGCAAGGGACACCAGAGAAUCCGAUGAAUGAUCAAAAUCAAGGAAAUAAUUUUAGUCCUGGAGAUAAAACAAGGUUUCAUGAUUCCAGUGACAAUAAUAAAGGAAUAAGUAAUACAAGAUUUUUGCGAGAUUCUUCAAAUAAGAAUGCAUUAGUUCAAGAUUGGGAUGGAGGAAAAAAGGUGGAUUUGCAAGAUGAAAAAUUGAGUUUGGGGGAGAUGAAUACAAAAGCCAAUGGAGUUUUUGAGAGUGAAAAGUAUAGUUACAAGAACAAUAGAUUGCAGUGCAUAAAUAAUCAUAUGGAAGGUGACAAUUUGCUUGACUCAGUCGAUUUUAGAGUCAGUUAUAUGGAAAGUGAAGUUUCCUUUGUGCAAGAGCACCAACUAAGGAAAUCUAGUGGAGCUUAUAGGUCUUCUGAUGACCAAGAGAAGUAUGAAAAUGUUAUUUAUAGGCCCCAGUUAACAGAAGAGCGGGUGAAUCCCAGAGUUGAUUUCCAUCAGGUUGAUCGCCUUUCUACUCAUGGGAGUGAGGUUAAUUCCUCUUCAUUGUCUAUGUUUACAGAUGAUAUUGAAUUCGAUAGGUAUCUUAUGGAAGCUAAUGGUUUCUUGAAACAAGCCAAAGAGUGUAUAAGGAGCAGUCUGGACAACAAGCAUGCGGAAAUGAUAUUAUGCAAGUCUGCCAAGUUACUCUCCAAAGCCAUAGCUUUGAAGCCCAUGAGUCUGUUGGCUGUGGGCCAGUUGGGCAACACUUAUCUCCUUCAUGGAGAAUUAAAACUACGUAUUAGUCGUGAGCUGAGAAGUCUCCUUUCAAGAAGUGAUGUUGUAUCUGGCAAGAAACAGAAAAAAGUACUCAAGGGGCUUGAUUAUCAGUUAGUGAGUAAAGAUAGAAUUGGCUCCCUUCUUGUUGAUGCAUGUGAAGAGUGUGAAGAACUCCUUGUGAAGGCUGGCAAAAAAUAUAAGUUGGCAUUGUCAAUUGAUGGUGAUGAUGUGAAAGCCUUAUAUAAUUGGGGCCUUGCUCUCUCCUUCCGUGCACAGCUCAUUGCUGAUAUUGGACCGGAAGCAGCUUUUGAUGCUGACAAAAUAUUCUUGGCUGCAAUUGAUAAAUUUGAUGCUAUGAUGUCGAAAGGCAAUGUUUAUGCGCCUGAUGCUCUAUUCAGAUGGGCUGUUGUGUUGCAACAAAGAUCUCGCUUACGGCCAAGCAACAGUAAAGAGAAGUUGAAAUUACUGCAACAAGCUAAGAGACUAUAUGAAGAUGCACUGCAUAUGGACUCUGGCAAUCUUCAAGCAAGAGAUGCCUUGUUAUCAUGUAUGUCUGAGCUUGACUACGGUGACUUUUAGUGGCCUUUAACAGUAGAGUAUCCCGUGUAGUGGUUCAUCUUUCAUUAUUCCCCGUUUGUAUCUACACUUACCAGCCUUGUUUUGCUUUGCACUUUCAAUGGUAUUUUUGCCCACUCCACCUUACAAAAUGCAUGGAAUGUGGCUGAUAUUUUUUCCUGCCAUUCAUUGUACUUUUAAAACUUUGUAUAAUAAUAACAGUAUAAUAAAAGAAGAUGGGACGAAUCUUUUUUCUUUUGUUACCAUCAAUUUAUAUGAAAA